GCUGCAUGUGUGCCUGUGAUGCUGAGUAAUGGCUGGGAGCUGCUUUUCUCUGAGAUCAUUGACUGGAACACAGCCGCAGUCAUCGGCGACGAGAGGCUCCUGCUGCAGAUUCCAACCACGGUGCGCUCCAUCCACCAGGAUAAGAUCCUGUCCCUCAGACAGCAGACUCAGUUCCUCUGGGAGGCCUACUUCUCCUCUGUUGAAAAGAUAGUGCUGACCACUCUGGAGAUCAUCCAGGACCGUGUGCUGGAGCACAGCUCCAGGAGCAGCCUGAUGUGGAACAGUCACCCUGGGGGACUUUUCGCCCUGCCGCAGUACUCUGGAUACCUGGGAGACUUCCCUUUCUACUACGCCACACUGGGCAUUAAACCGUACCCCAAGUUCACAGCAGUCAUCCACGCUGUCUCCCCACUGGUGUCCCAGUCCCAGCCCAUACUCAAGCUCCUGGCAGCUGUGGCCAAGUCCCAGUACUGUGCACAGAUCAUUGUCCUGUGGAACUGUGACAAGCCUCUCCCCGCAAAGCACCGCUGGCCUGCCACCUCAGUGCCCGUCAUCGUCAUCGAGGGAGAGAAUAAGGUGAUGAGCAGCCGCUUCUUGCCCUACGAGACCAUAGUGACCGACGCUGUCCUCAGCCUGGACGAGGACACAGUGUUAACCACCACAGAGGUGGACUUUGCCUUUACAGUCUGGCAGAGUUUUCCGGAGCGCAUUGUUGGUUACCCCGCCCGCAGCCACUUCUGGGACAGCAACAAGGAGCGCUGGGGCUACACAUCCAAAUGGACCAACGAUUAUUCGAUGGUGCUGACUGGGGCCGCCAUCUACCACAGGUAUUACCAUUACCUGUACACCAACUACUUGCCGACUAGUCUGAAGAACAUGGUGGAUCAGCUGGCCAACUGUGAGGAUAUCCUGAUGAACUUCCUGGUCUCUGCUGUCACUAAACUGCCACCCAUCAAGGUCACACAGAAGAAACAGUAUAAGGAGACCAUGAUGGGGCAGUCUUCGAGGGCUUCUCGUUGGGCCGAUCCAGACCACUUCGCCCAGCGACAGACAUGCAUGAACAAGUUCGCCAGCUGGUUUGGCGCCAUGCCGCUGGUCCACUCUCAGAUGAGACUGGACCCCGUCCUGUUCAAGGACCAGGUCUCCAUCCUCCGCAAGAAAUACAGGGACAUUGAGAGGCUCUGACAGGACCGGCGCCCCCUUGGGGGAGACCCCACACAGGGGGAGGCGCGAGAGACUGACUCAGUGGAGAGUAGAAGGAGUAGUAGGACUACAGCAGGAUGGACAGGGAGCGACACAGCUCUGUCUUCCACCCAGCACAUUGCCAAUGUCCACAGCGCCGCUGCUGCCAGAACUUGACGUGGGAAGGGAUGAACAGGAAGCAAGCAGAUGGCAUUUGGAUUUGAAAAACACAAACAAAAAACGCAAACACAGACAGACAAAGAGGAGUACACAAACUGAUGGACAAGCCAAACAGUACUGUAUGUUUCGCAAAUGUGCAAACACACAGCACACACUACUGACGACGAGAACUCUUGAAUAGAAUAUUUUUUUGUACAACACGAACAAGGACGACAUUGACUUUCCUGCUCUUUCGGCACAUGUGCAGGACGGUAGAAGAGGGAAGGUGUCCAUGAUCGCUAACCUGGCAACCCCCACCCACUACAAAUCCUACUGGUCACCCCUAGCAACCCCAGUCUGCAUCAGGACAUUUUACUGGACUCACUACCAAACCCCUGCUUUAUAUAGCCUGGGAAACACUGUUCUUUAGUUGGUUUGAUAUCAUUGUACAAAUCCAGCUCUCAGUAUCACUGUUGACCCUUUUCCCUCACGGAGAGGUUUUGAAUCGGAGCGUCAUCAGUUUUUAAUAUUCUCCUUUUCCAGGCGGGGGAAGUAAACAGCAGUGUCCAACCUGUUAUUACAAGGUUUUUCUUGGAGAAGCAGCCAUUAUUUUCUGAUAUUCUCAUCUAUCGUCGCACAUCUUUGAGCCUCAAAUCUAAAAACAUCCUGUCUGUCCUAUCCUUGGCUCAUUCCUUGAUGUGCUGAUAUGGCUUUUAUAAUGGUCUAUCUGCUUCCCUGUUAUCACUAAGAUAAGUUAGAAAAACAUCUUGUUUUUAUAUCCUAUUUUCCUCUCAUACUCACCAUGGCAGUUGUACUUUUCUUAUCUUUUUUUCCCACUUACUUUCAUCAUCUUUUAUUUCCCCCUUCAAACUCUCUGUACUUUCAGUCUUCUGUGCAAGUGUGUGUCUGUGUGUGUGUGUGUGUGUGUGUAUGUGUACAGAGCCUUGAAAAGUUGGCUCAUCCAACCAUAAGCUCAAGCGGAGUACAUUUUCCCUCCGUUGGAAUGAGUGAAAUGAACAUUUCUGGAUGAAAUGGAGCAGAACGCUGCAUUCUAACCCAAACUUGUUUCGCCCGUUUUUUUUUGGUUUUUUUUCCUUCUUCCUGCAAGGCCUCAGAGCACUAUCCUCACAGGGAGAAAAUUUCAGACUAUAGCAGGUCUUUAGUGACGAGCAUCAUUUCACAGGAGUGCUUGUAGAGAGAUUUUUUUAAACGCUGAGUGCAUCAGUGCCAUUCUGACAUCAGGGUCUGCCUUUAAAAAUUGUUUAUUGCACAUCACGUUGCCUACAUCAGUUUCAGAUGCCUGGACACUCUCCUGUUGAAAUAUUCUGGUCAUCAGUCCAAUGUGGCUCUCCUGCUGCCAUGAUUUUUUUUUCUUUCUUUUUUUGCCGUGACAUAUCAGAGAACCUCAGAGCCAUUAAAUUGACAAAAGGUUUUCUCCUCCAUUUGUCAGGCAGAGAUACGUUUGGGCUUCAAUUAGGUAAACCUAUUUCAUUUAGAGUGCUGUUUUUUCCCCGGGGACAAGCUGUUGAUAAAACACUCUAACAUUAUGGACCAUUGUGUUUGUGACCCACAAACAUGACCCUCUGGCUAAUGCUAGCCUUGGGAGGACAGCUUUUUCUUUUUCCCCAAACCCCAACACAUCCUCCCCUGUGGUUGUGCUUGUCCAUUACUUGUAACAACUACUUCACAUUACUGUUGUAUCCACAUCAAACCGCCUGACAUUUUGCACCUUAAAUUACUUUAUUGAUAUCAGACAACCAGAUCAAAAUGCUAAAAUAACCAGCUUUCUCAGCCUUUAAUUGAUCAUUUCAAAGAAAAAGGGCUGUCUGAGAAAAUGGCUGCUCCACGCUGUCAUUAGGUCUGCGUGCGGCCGAGAGCACAGACAGUCCACUCACACCAUUUAGUCUGCAGACACUUGAAUGAAAGCGGCGUGCUUUUAGUGGCCUUUCUGUCAGGCAGGCAUUCAACAUAAUGUCUCAGCCAAAGCUUUUCAGUGCGCAUGUUAAUCAGUAGCUGUCAUCAUCAAUAUCAAUGUCACAUAUUCAAUGAAUGGUUUACUUUCAGCGUUUCUCAUUCAUUUGUUUAUGUUUUGUUCUACAAAGAGUUUAUAUAAAAUGUAUUGGAAAGCCUUUACAGUGUCAACAAGGGUGACACUCAUGCUUUUGAAGUGUCAUGUACAAUACCACAGCAAAGCUACUCUGUUUCAGUAUAUCAAAACCAGCAGGACCAUCAUAUGUUUUUUUUUCCUCACAUAUAAUGUUUGUAUUUACAUUCUGGGACUUUUUUUGCCAGGAGAGAUUUAUGAUCUGUUUAAUGUGGAGUCAUAACAAAAAGUGUUCGAUCAUCUUUGGUAUGUGACUCUGGGAAAAACAUAGUCCUCAUUUGGUCUGCAUCUGUUCCCUAUUUCAUCUACAGUGAACCAUAUUGUUUGAAUCCAUAUCAAGCCUUUUAUGUCUGAUUGUUUGAAUCACUGUUGUUAAUCAUCUCAAGAGAAUGGCAUCCCCCAGCUUUGCAAAAAAAAAAAAAACACCACCCAUUUCAAAUCCCUGCAACUCUCAGCACUGUACAUAGACAUAUAUUUAUUUUUUGGAAGAAAAAAAAAGACUGUGUACGAUUUGAGAUGACGUGGCACGAACAUGAGACUGAUCCUGCAUCGCUGAGGGGAGUUAAUGGUAUUUAUUCAUUUUAUUUUCGACACGCUGUGCACAUUAAUCCACGCAGAUGCCGAUACACAGCUCUUAUUACGUUUCACUCUGCAUUGGUUUUCCAGGGAAACAUCUAUCACACUCGCUUCGCUUUCUAAUACAGAGCUCCCCGAGAGAGAAAGAGAGAGAGGGGGAAUGUUUUCGGAGUUGUGGUAGUAGUAGUUUUAACUCCUGAAAAGAUUGCAUACACCAGUGAUCUAGGAUUGGAUUGGGCUGCACCAUCUUGGCUCUCCACGGGAGUCAAAUUGCAAAGUCCCAAUAAAGACUACGCCAACUGAAACAUGGAAAAUAAUAAGCAGCUGCGUCCCCUGUACCAGAUGGAAACAUUUUCAGAUUUGCAGUAACAUCUUCCCCUAAUGCAUUACAAUAAUGGAUCUGGGGCUCUGACACAGUUGUGUUUAAAUUGCCUCUUUUCACAGCUUGGUUUCAGGUCAGAUAACUUGGCAACAGAAAUUGUCCCAUCUUUCAGUUGGCACGCCGUACAGUUUAUAAUGGAGUUCAGAGUGUGAUCGAUGCGAGUUAGGCCACAAGGAAAACCUCUGCAUCCACUCAAACGCCUGUCAUUUGAUCGGGAGAGACAUUAUGCAAGUUGUCGCUGUGUGCUUCAACACAGAUGGAAGAAGGUUUACCCAAAAUGCGCCAGGCAGUUGGUGUUUAUAGUGACGGCGGCAUGUGUUCUGGAAACUAGUCUGUUCUUGAUUUGUGCCUUUUAUCAACAUUUGAGUUCUUGACAUGCCGAGCACUGUCUGUCCCUGACUGUUUCCAUAAAGACGGGCAGCAAUAGCACCAAUGUGCAGGGCCUGAACAGCCCUGCCCUUCAUACACUGGAUGAGACACAGCUUCCAUUCUCUUGAUAUAACACCCCGUUUUCAUCUUUGUGUUCGGACACUGUUGCUAAGGCGACCACGCAUGACCACUUCCUGUUUGGGAUUAUUUAUCAGUGAUUUGGCUUUAUUGCAUUACCAAUCAGCAGUAAUAUCUGUUGAUCUGUAAGGACUCGGUCAAAACCCAGCUGUCCUGAUGCCUUCUCCUCCCUCCUACCUUGUAAUUAACGGAAGACUUUUAUAGAGGUCACAAAUGAAAUAGAUAAAUGCCAAUUUUGUAAGAAUGAUUUAUAAAAAAAAUAAACUCAUAUUUGAUGAUAAA